AAACCCUAAGACAGAUCGUUCGCCAUCUAUCGUUCUAGUUCCGAAAUUAGGUUUCGACCAUUUCCUUUUCAUGUCGUCGCGUCGCGUACGAAACACGUGGCUGGUGUGAUAUUUCGUUAAUCUUACGAAAAAUAUAGUGUGCAUAACCAUGCCCCUUGCUAAGGAUUUUUUACAUCCCUCUCCUGCUGAGGAAAAGAGGAAACACAAGCUGAAGAGAUUGGUUCAGAAACCAAACAGUUAUUUCAUGGAUGUGAAAUGCCCUGGCUGCUAUGCUAUCAAGACUAUCUUCUCUCAUGCCCAGAGGCCAGUGGAAUGCGACGGAUGCCGUACUAUUCUGUGCACACCCACAGGAGGCAAAGCACGACUCACAGAAGGCUGCUCCUUUAGAAAAAAGGUUCAGUGCUAAUUUUAUUCAAUCCGAUCUUUACAUUCGCUAAAUAAACAGAAAAUGUAAAAAAAAAGGA